AACUGAAUCAACUACUCCUCUCUCACUCAGUCAGUCUACCAUCUUCCAUUUUCAAAGAGGAGAGAGAAAAUAUGGCGGGAGGUUGUGUGCUCCUUCACUUCAAAACCUCAGCGUCGCCAUUAAUGGCGGUUGCGAGCUCAAUUAAAGAAAAAGAAACUAACAAACCGAAGAAGAUUGAUAUCGCAGAUAAAAUUCGGAAUUCUAGGGUUUUGGUUUUGGGUGGUACCGGAAGAGUUGGUGGUUCUACUGCCGUCGCUCUAUCGAAGCUUUCUCCUGAACUUCGCAUCGUCGUCGGCGGUCGAAAUCGGGAGAAAGGAGCAGCGAUGGUGAAGAAUCUUGGGGAGAAAUCGGAGUUUGCGGAAUUCGAUAUUGAUAAUGUUGAUGCAUUAGAGGCUGCUCUACAAGAUGUCGAUCUUGUAGUUCAUACCGCAGGGCCUUUCCAGCAAACAGAUAAAUGCCCUGUACUUGAAGCUGCUAUUCGUACCAAGACGGCAUAUGUUGAUGUUUGUGAUGAUACAAGUUAUGCAUUUCGUGCCAAAUCGUUUUGCAAAGAUGCAAUUGCUGCUAAUAUUCCAGCUAUCACAACUGCCGGGAUUUACCCUGGAGUGAGCAAUGUGAUGGCCGCAGAGCUUGUUCGUGUGGCAAGAGAUGAAGGCAAGGGUGACCCUGAAAGGCUUAGAUUCUCGUACUUUACAGCGGGUACUGGAGGUGCUGGCCCAACAAUAUUGUCUACUAGCUUUUUACUUUUAGGAGAAGAGGUUGUUGCCUACAACAAAGGAGAAAAGGUCAAACUAAAGCCUUACAGUGGGAUGCUAAGUGUUGAUUUUGGAAGAGGGAUCAAUAAGAAGGAUGUAUUUUUGCUGAAUUUGCCAGAAGUAAGAAGUACACAUGAAGUUCUGGGGGUUCCAACUGUCAGUGCUAGAUUCGGGACUGCGCCCUUCUUUUGGAACUGGGGAAUGGCCAUAAUGACAAACCUUCUACCACGGGAAUAUUUAACGGACAGAAAAAAGGUACAACAGCUGGUUGACUUGUUUGACCCUGUGGUUCGGGCAGUUGAUGGUAUCGCUGGGGAGCGUGUCUCAAUGAGGGUUGAUCUGGAUUGUUCAAACGGGCGCACUACAGUUGGUGUUUUUACUCAUAAGAGCUUGUCUGUAUCCGUUGGAGUAUCUACUGCUGCGUUUGUCCUUGCAGUCCUAGAGGGUAGUACACAGCCCGGCGUGUGGUUUCCAGAAGAGCCUGAAGGAAUUGCAGUGGAGGCAAGGAAUGUUUUAUUGGAGCGUGCUUCCCAAGGAACGAUCAACUUUGCAAUGAACAAGGCUCCUUGGAUGAUAGAGACCAACCCGAAAGAGGUUGGUUUAGGCAUAUAUGUCUGAGGAAUACUCAACCGGAUUUCAAUAACUGGUUCAGCUGAUAGCUUUCAGACCGCCACAGUUCUAACUUUGCUGUUUCUGUGUGCACGAGAUUGACGAAAAACCGUAGGAAACAGCAGGUUGGAAUUGGAUCAUAAGUUACUGUUAAAUGAAAUGCCCUGCAACAUAGACAGAUGAAUGGUAACAAAAGAGUGAAGGAAGUAAAGUGUCUCUUAUCAUCUGACAAAAUCCCUUUGAUUUGUUUUGGGGAAAGUCUGGUGAAUUUGUAAAUGAUCAAGGCUGAUAAAUAUAAUGGUAGAAAUAAAUUUGUAAAUGAUUUGAGAUAACACAUAGUUUAUCUUUGGUGUCGUAUUCAA